AUGGUCUGCCUUCUCGCAAUUCUUUUAUACACGGGCCAGAGAUUAGCGCAGAAGCAUCGUUUGGUCAUCACAUCCACUGAGCCUAACCGUCCUAAUUAUCACAUCUAUGAAGCUAAUCAUGAGCAACCAUUUCCGGUGCCUGGCAGAGGCUCUAGUAUCUACAGAACUUUGGUCACUGUUGACGAGCCCGGCACUUAUGUAACGGUUUAUUGCUCCAUUAAAGCGACAAUCGAUGAUUUACGGGGAUUUGUUAGUGGAGGCUUGACAAGCUUGCCGAGCCGCAUCGAUAGAAGGUUUGAUAACGAUGAGAAGUCGGAAAAUGAAUGCUUGGAGUAUGUAAACAACCUCUAUUUUGACUCGAAGAGAAAAGCUGCAAAAGGUGGAACUCGAGUAAUUCAAGUACAAGAUCCAAAUCUAUUGCCUGUCUCACAUCUCAUCAAGACACACCAAUGCACCAAAAGACUCUUAAUCAGUUUGGCCUAUCAACGAAGAGUUUUAUGUGCUCAUGGGCACGGAUUCGUGACGACGUAUAGCGAUGAAAAUCUACCAACCAUAAAAUUUGAUGAGCCAGUGGAAAUAGCAGACGCAAUAUUUGACGGUCAGUUUGUUAUGCAACUGAGUGAAAACGGUAUCCGAGACGUCUUGGUAUGGAAUCAAGGCCAACUGCAAAGUUUUACGCAACGUUAUCCCUCUGGAAGCUGGAUGGAGCGUACUUAUAAUGGGAAUGAGCCACAUUCAGGAUUGCACAUAACCGAGUUAAUUAAAUCCAGUAACGCGCAAGUAAGUAAAUUUAUGAAUGAAUUCGCCACACUGGAAGAUACCGAAUGCGGUGGAUCUGAUUGUCUUUGGUUCCAGUCCAAAGCUUUCCGUAAGCCUAAAAUCUGCCGCGAUCGCAAAUUUAAACAUCUACAAAUAAGCGUGAAAAAAUUUGAUCCAAUACCAGCAGAGGGUAAUAUUGCUCAUAUUCGUUUAACAAAACCCAAUGACGAGGAUCAAGGAAUAAUUGUGAGAUCAAUUUCAUGA